UUUGUGGGGAAAGCAAUAGAGGAUGCACCUUCCUGUUUUGGACAAAAGAGGAAGUUGCAUUGGCUGGAAAAGGAGCUGAAGCUGAAUGCAAAGAGACAGAGGCUCAGUUUUUUGGAUGGAAUCCACACACAGAUAAUCAUGGUGAAAUCAUGCUGCGCAAUAAACUGCAACAACAAAUUCUCCCUCGGCAACAAUAUCUCAUUCCACAGGUUUCCUCUUGGGAAAAAGGAUGUGCUAAAAAAGUGGGUUUGGAACAUCCGACGCAAGAACUUCACACCGACGCGGCACCAUGUGAUCUGCUCUGAACAUUUCUGUGAGACGGAUUACCUUGAAAAUGUGGCUUCUGGCAGGCGAUACUUGAAGCCUGAAGCGAUUCCCUCAGUGUUUAAUAUACCUGAACGGCUGAAGAAGGGAGGUAAAAAGAGACGCUCCCUCCUCCAACAUAAACCACCAGAGCCACCUCCAAGCCAUCCAUUGAAAAUCAAAGACAGUGACACAGAUGAGCCUUCUCUUGGAAGUGAUGUUGUUGGUCUAGAACAUUCCUACUCUCUCCCAACAAGUCCAGGUCCAGAUCUUCCUGUUGCACAGGAGCAGGGCCCAGCUGCACCAGGCAAAAACCCCACUCUUCUCCAGAGCAGGCCCUGGAGAGAAUGCAGGGAAAGGACAAUACAGUAUGCCCCAGAGGAACCCAUGAUCAACUCAGAUGUGGAACGCCAGCAUUUUCGGGAUUUCUGCUACCAAGAGGGUGAGGCUCCCCGCGCUGUUUGCAGUCGGCUCAGAGACCUUUGCCGUCGGUGGCUGAAGCCAGGAAGGCACUCCAAGUUGCAAAUGCUGGAGCUGGUGAUCUUGGAACAGUUUCUGACCAUCCUGCCCCAGCAGAUGCAAGAAUACAUCAAGGAAGAGGGGCCGGCAAAUUGUGACCAGGCUGUAGCCCUGGCAGAGGAUUUCCUGAAGAGUCAGCAAGAGCAGAAGAUGCAGCAGCCAUUGACAGAGGUGGUGCUCAAUAUCUCCAGGUCCAAGAAGGUGUCCUCAAACCUUCAGCAUUCCCCCAUCAAAACAGGAGGCAGAAUGACCAACCCAAUGUCAGAAGAAGAUGACAAUGUGAUAGAAAAUCAGACAGAAAAUAUUCAGGCAGAAGGACAUGUGUCAGAAGAAGGCAUAUCCCCAGAAGACAUUUCCUCUGUGAUUGAGGUUGUUGAAAAGCUCUACUACCUGAUCAUCCGCUUCCUCUAA